AAAAUACUUGAUUUCCAGGCAGCUAAGGUCAGAACUGGAGAAGAUGGGAAGGCUGAGGCUGGUCUUUGUUCUUCUGGGUAUUCUAAUAGCAGUAAAGCCUCAAGAGGCAGAUAACCUUUCUUUACAAGACAUUGCAAAGAAACUGGAAACCCGAUUCCUUCUGCAGAAUGUGGAAGAAGCCAAGAAAUUAGUAGAUGCUGCCUAUGAAUAUACCCAGAACCGGUUAGAAGAAAAACUAAGGAAAGAGACAGUACGCCCUUCAGAUAUCCUAGUGUCUUUCAGACGACCUGUAGGAAAAACUCGGUCGCAUGUGAAAGCUGCUCAAUAUAGGCUGGUGGCCUUGGACCUCUUGAAAGAGAAGCUGCAGGAUGUAUUUCCUCAGGAAUUCAAUAUCACAGAUGUGCUCUCCCCUUCCCAGAUGCAAACUAUCUACAAGUCAAGUGGAUGUGCUUCCCAAGAGAUCAGUACCCAAGAGUGUGAUGAGAAGAACCCUUACCGGACCAUUACAGGCGAAUGCAAUAACCUGAGAAUUCCUACUUUGGGAGCUAGCAACCGUCCAUAUGUCAGGUGGCUGCCACAAGAAUAUGAAGAUGGCGUCUCUCUCCCACGUGGCUGGACAGAAACGAAGCUGUAUUCUGGAUUUCCUCUGCCCUUAGUCCGGGCUGUAUCCAACGACAUCGUCUUCUUUCCUAAUGUAAACCUCACAGAUGAUCCUUUCCGCUCAGUCAUGUUUAUGCAGUGGGGGCAGUUUCUCGAUCAUGAUUUGGAUUUUGGACCUUCUGAAACAGCGACCCUCACCUUCAUAAAAGGAAUAGAUUGCAUUAACAGCUGUGUGAAAGGGCCACCAUGUUUCCCAAUCCAGAUCCCACCCAAUGAUCCUUCAAAAAAGCAGUUUAAGUGCAUCCCCUUUACCCGGGCUGCUCCUGCGUGCAACGGUGGCUAUGCCAUUCGCAACCAGAUCAAUGCACUCACAGCCUUUAUUGAUGCCAGUAUGGUAUAUGCCAGUGAAGAUAAGUGGGCAAUGCAGCUAAGAAAUUUCACAAACAACCUAGGAUUGCUGGCUGUGAAUAACAAAUUCAACGAUCGAGGCCUUGCCUAUCUCCCCUUUGGUGUUCCUGAAGGUUUUCAGGAAAAUUGCAAUAUAACAAACAAAACCCUCAACAUUCCCUGUUUUUUGGCAGGUGACAAUCGAGUUAAUGACAUGCCAGGGCUGAUCGUAUUGCAAACUCUUUUCAUGCGAGAGCACAACCGUCUGGCCACUGAGCUGAAGAGGCUGAACCCACAAAUGAGUGGAGAAGAACUCUAUCAGGAAUCCCGGAAAAUCUUGGGAGCCAUGAUGCAGAAAAUCACCUAUACAGAAUAUAUACCUGCCCUACUGGGGGAUUCUAGUGCUCUGCCUUCCUACAGAGGCUACAAUGACUCUGUGGAUCCCCGAAUUUCUAACGUCUUUACCAAUGCUUUCCGUUUUGGACAUACUUCAGUGCGGCCAACUGUGCCUCGCUUAGACAGCCGUUACCGAGUUGUGAGUCAAACACCCUUAGAAAAUGAGUUCUUUGCUACAUGGAGAGUUAUCAGAGAAGGAGGCAUCGAUCCCAUCUUGCGAGGCCAAAUAGGUACACCAGCCAAACAACUGAGACAAGAUCAGAUAGUAGUAGAGGCUCUGCGAGACCGACUCUUCAAACAAGUUGCAAAAUUUGGAUUGGAUCUGCCAGCAUUGAACAUGCAGCGUGGCCGAGAUCACGGUCUAGCAGGUUAUAAUGCCUGGAGACAAUUCUGUGGCCUCUCACAACCUCACAAUGAAAGUGAUCUGGCCCAGGUCCUCCAGAAUUCUCAGCUGGCCAAGAAGUUCAUUCGGCAUUAUGGGACGCCCAGGAACAUCGAUCUCUGGAUUGGGGGAGUGGCUGAGCCCCUCAUUCGGAAUGGCAGAGUUGGGCCUCUGCUGGCAUGUAUCUUUCGGAAACAGUUCCAAAACCUUCGUGAUGGGGACAGGUUCUGGUGGGAGAACCGUGGAGUGUUUACUGCAGCCCAGCGACAGGCUCUUGCUGCAGUGUCAUUGCCACGCAUCAUCUGUGACAAUACUUAUAUCCGCGAGGUACCUCGGUUCAUUUUCCGAGCCAAUCAGUAUCCACGUAAUUUUGUCAACUGCAAUGCCAUCCCAAGGCUCAGCCUCUUUCCAUGGAAAAAGACUCCUGAAUAGAUCAGUGAAGGAUUUAUCCUUUUGUAAGAGGGGCCGGAUGUCAACGCUGCUAAUAUCGGAUGUUUUUGCAUUGACAACAAAUGGAAAUGUAGCCAUCUUUUACCUUUUGCUUUUAGUGUUAGAUGAUGCUGGGAGGGGGAACGUGAGCGAGAGUCCAGCUAGACAUAACAACGCUGGACCCAGUGUGAGAGACAAGGUUAUUGUAACCAGAACUGAUAAGAAAUUGGCGGGCUGGAAAACGGGAGAGGAAUCCCGCGCUUCAUGCUAAUUGGGGAAUGUGAUUUAUGACUAAAGGAGGGAAUUGUGCUUUGAUACUAUGUGCUCAGGGGAGGGGAAUUUAGUUUUUGGCUUUGAUUAUGGACUGCCGAUGCUAUGCUACUCAAAAUAAA